AUGGGGUGGCGGAAACCAGAGGAAGCUCUAUUGGACUCCUUCGGCCCAGGCCUGUGUGAUGAAGGGAGCACACGAAGAUACACGUCACCCAAGUUCAGACCCCUCCCACCACCUCUGCCAGCAGCAGCGGAGGCCCUUCGCGCCCGGGACAGCGACGUUGCCUUCCCGCACGCAGGGUCUCCGCGCCCUCCCUCCAGCGCGCUCGGCGCGGGCGGGGGCAGCGCGCAGGAGGAUGGCGGGAGGAGGAGGACCUGCGGAGAGGCGGGAGGCGAGCGCACGGGAGGAGCCGGGAGACCAAGACGGCGGCGGGGAGGGGCCGGGCCGUGGGCGGGGCGGGACGUGGGAGGGGCUUAUGGAGGCUUGAGGGCACUCCGGAGGGGGCCGAGGCGAGAAAGGCCGCGACUCGCCCCGCCCCCAGGCUCCGCCCCCGCCGCGACGCGGACCGCCCCUCCUCGCCAGCUUGCUUCCUGGCGGCGCCUCGCGCGGAGGAAGACCUGGCGGUGCAAGGCUGCAGCUCUGCCGGCUAUUGGUCUGAAUACAAAAGAGCCUUUCUCACACCCCUGCGCCCUUCCCGGCCCGGGACCCCCGGACGGAAGGGGCUGGCUCGUUGGACGCUGGAGACGACAGCUGUCGGGGCCACACCACCAUUUCUGUGGUUCUUGCAGAGAAGUGUGGUUCCAAGAAGCCCAGAUCAAUAAGCAGGAGAGGAAAAAAAGGCAAGAACUCUUGGAAUCAAUAACCGAACCAUUCACUGCUUCUCUACUUCCCCUUAAUCAUCCUUUAGCGCUUUCUCUGCUCGUGACUGAUGAGAAGACACCAUCCUACAGGCCACCGUGUAUAAGAACAGAAAGUAAUGGAGCUGAGUAACGUACAGCAGUUACCUUACAAAUGCUGCUGACUGCCUGACCUUUGCCAUCCGUAUCUAACGCUCUUCCACUUUCCAAGCGCAGUUCACAGAUAAGGAGGCCGAGGGCACCACAAGAGAAUUACUGAAAAUAUAAGCAUGCAAGUGACUUUUAAUAUUAAAAUACUUUAUUAAAAUGAAGUGCACCCUAUCCAAUAACUUUAUAUGUAUGAAAAGAUAUAUAAAGUUAUUGGAUAGGAAGUAUUUCAUUAGUCUCUGCUUUUAAAAGCUUUCAACAACAGGUCUGCUGCUAGUCCUGGGGACAGGGCCCCACUGAGAACCCUUUUUUCCAGAAGAGGAAUCUGUUCCCGGACUGUGGGGUGGGUCCUGAAAUGUUCUACCACAUUUUCCUGAAUGAGGUUCCACAUCCAAACUUUCUGCUGCUUCUGUCUCUUGGCAGUCAGCUCCCCACUGGCAAGCAUCACAUCCUGGAAUUCUUUCAUUGUAUCCCACAUUUCAGUGAUCCCCUCUCCACUUCUGGCAGAAAUACGAAUUACCUGUUGAAAAGGGAAGAACCAGAACUAUUUUACUUAAAACGAUAGAAAACAUUGUCAUGGGGACUCUGGCAUUUGCCAAUUAAGUCUUACAGUCUAUGGCAAUAGGUAGGCGACAAAAAUGAGACAUUUUCUCAUCGUGUCAAAGUAGACACACUGAGAAAUACACUAAGGUAACUUACUAAGGUUACUAAGUGCAAAGCAGAAAUAAGACACUGAUCCAAGGUCGUUAUUUAGCUCAGAGGUUUAUUUUGACUGGGGAUUGCUCGAAUGGUCUUCAGAGACCACAGGGAUGAACUGGGAAAUGGUCACUAGGAUGAGAAGGGCAAUGCUACGUAGGUUUCCCUGAGGGCUGAGAGCCAGAAAAUGAAACCGAGCUGAGAGAGUAGCCCCAUUCCCUCCGUCAAAUUGCCUGGUUCAGCAGGUGCUACGAGCAUGGGUAUCUCCAGACGCAGCACAGACAACGUGCCGGGAGCCGACAGCAAGAAGUGUCACCGUUGCUCUCGUUAUAGUGAUUAUAGGUUACUCUUUAAUAACACAGGGCCCUGCUACAGAUAAAGUGUCCGCAUCAGUAUUUCUGCAUCACUUACUACGGGUUUUUUUUUUCCUUAUCGAAAACAUCACCCGACAACCAUAAUGGGAAGGAAAGUUACCACAUCAAAAGCCUGUUCUCUCCUACUCAAACUCUAACCUAGAUGGUCAAGUCAUUAAUUGCGCCAUAAUCUUCAGGAUGGUUCCUUGCAGAAUGGAUUUGUCAUCACAUCCAAAUGGCUUGAGCCAAGCAUUAAGCUAUCAAAUUUAUCGCCUCACAUCUAGUUUUUGGCCUCUGGUGGUUGAAGGAUUAUACUUAAAAUCGUAACUACACACUCUGUGGCUUUGCCACAGUUUUUAAAAUUAUAAUCUCAUCUACAAGCAAAGAUUGAUCAUAUGUCUAGCUUGGGACUCACAUCCUCUCUUCUAACGGGCACAGUCCACUCAGGGUGAAAACUGCAGAACAGAAUGCAAGCUGACCUUUGGUCUCCAGACUCCUGAACGCCUGCGGAGUAAUUUCAGCGCGCUCACGUACUCUGCUUGUAUCCUUCGAGCUGGCACGACCAAGUCUCCAUCAGAUUUGGUUAUAGCCACCAGGUCUGCCAUCUCAAUUAUACCUCUUUUAAUACCCUGGUGAGAAAAAGAAAAGAAACUGAUUCGUCUAAAAUAUUUCAUGCCGUCAAAAAUGGGACACCAGUUACCGCUAAGGUUUGGAGAGUCAUACACUCUAACUUUUUCUCUGCACCCUCCCAAGCCCUGGGUCCUAGGAAUCACAAUUAUUGACAGAAAUUACUCAAAAGCACCGACUCUUGGGAUUAUGGAAGUCAUCUGUAAUAUCUCUUUCAAAUUUGGAGACUAACACGCUGAAAUACAUUCAGAAUUAGAGUAAAUAUAUCAUCCAGACACAAUAUGAUUGAACGGCAGGAGACAGUUCACACUGCCUCAUGAUAGAUUCCACUUCUCGGGAGCUAACCCUGCAGGAUGCAAAACCAUCCAUCAUUCAGGUGCUUAAAAAAGAAAACACCGGGCUUCCCUGGUGGCGCAGUGGUUGAGAAUCUGCCUGCCAAUGCAGGGGACAUGGGUUCGUGCCCCGGUCCGGGAAGAUCCCACAUGCCGCGGAGCGGCUGGGCCCGUGAGCCAUGGCCGCUGAGCCUGCGCGUCCAGAGCCUGUGCUCCACAACGGGAGAGGCCCCAACAGUGAGAGGCCCGCGUACCACAAAAAAAAAAAAAAAAGAAAACACCUACGUCACUAACAUGUUCAUUUCCAGAAAGAGUCUUUGAAGUUUUCCUUAAAUGUAUGUAGCAUUUUUGUUUUGAUUUGCAUUUGAGGAAAAAAUAACCUGAUGGCUAAAAACGCCUCAAUCUCUUGAUUUAAAUUAUGUUGCGUGAAAACACAGAAAAAUCCUAAGGCCAAACCUUAUUUGGAAAAUGAAGAUUUUGCUAUCUAAGAUUAAAAUUUCUUUUCAAAUAUUUUAAAACGUAACUUUCAGUGGUUAAAUUCUAAUAGUUAAUGUUUCUAAACUGCAGCAUCCAGAGUCUGAUGUCACUAGUUUUUCAGAAUUUUUCAGCUGAAGGGGAGGUGUUGUGUAAUAUAGAAUUUGGGGACUUCCCUGGUGGCGCGGUGGUUAAGAAUCCGCCUGCCAAUGCAGGCGACACAGGUUCAAGCCCUGGUCUGGGAAGGCCCCUCAUGCCGCGGAGCCACUAAGCCCGUGCACCACAACUACUGAGCCUGCACUCUAGAGCCUGUGUGCCACAACUACGGAAGCCUAGAGCCUGUGUUCAGCAACAAGAGAAGCCACCACAAUGAGAAGCCCGCGCACCACAAUGAAGAGUAGCCCCCGCUCGUCACAACUAGAGAAAGCCCGUGUGCAGCAACGAAGACCCAACGCAGCCAAAAAUGAAUAAAUAAAUAUAAAAAUUAAAAAAAAAAAAAGCAUUUAUCUGGUCUUUGUCCCAAGGUUUCUGGGAGGAAACUGCUAAAUCCUUGGAGUUUCCUGAGUGAUAGGAGUGACUUUGUUGUUUGCCAUGGGUACCUGGGACCAUGCCUGGGACCAUACCUGGGUUUAUGCAAGAUCACUCAGAAUGGGGGCUGAGCACACCAGUAGAACCAACCACGUGAUUAGAGGGUUGGGGCUUUGAGCCAUGCACUAGCAGCCUGACCUCCUCUGGGGAGGGCGGGGCUGGAGACUGACUUCAAUCACGUGGAUAGUGAUUUGGUCAAUCAGGCCUGCAUAAUAAAACCCCAACAAAAACUGCAGACACUGAAGCUCAGGAGCACUCCUUGGCUGGUGAAACACAUGCAUGUGCCAGAAGGGAAAUGUGUCCUGAGGACACAGAAGUUUCGAGUUUGGGACCCUUCCAGACCUCUCUCUCUGUGUCUCUUCAUUUGGCUGGUCCUGAUUUUCAUCCUUCAUAAUAAAACUCUAGCUGGUACCGCAGUGCUUUCCUGAAUUCCGUGAGUCAUCCUAGUGAACUGUCGCACCUGAGGGGUAAGUGGGAACCCGCACAUCUGCGGGUUCCCACAGAGGCAUGGGUGACUUGGGAACCCCCAGGCCUGCUGCUUGCGUCCGGAGUGAAAGCAGUCUUGGGAGGAUGAUGCCCUCAGCCUGUGCAGGCUGUGCUAAGUCCAGGGAGUUAAUGCCAGACUGCGCUGCAGGAGGAAAGGAAGAACCCUUUCUACAGUAUAUAAACUAGGACAGUGGGAUCCCAGUUAAAAGCAAAGGAAUAUCUCAUGAGGACCUUUCAACCAGCUGUAGCACAAACACCCAUGUAACAGUGGUCUCUUGGCUGGAGCUAUCCCCCACGUUACAGGUGGAAAGACUAAGUUGUGUCAUUAGCUCAAGGUCAUAAGUUCUACUACU